AUAAAAAUAGAGUAUUUAAUGAUUAUCAUCAUGGAAGAAUACUCCAUUGUUGAAUUUGAAGAUGGUUUGCAAAUGAUUCCCACUUCCUGGCUAAUAAAAGAUAAGAAUGCUGCUUAUUGGCCACAAUUUACUUCACAUGUGAGAUUUAUAAAAGCUGUGCAGAAAAAUAUUUUACCUGAUGAUAAUUGGCCCAUGUAUAACGUGAAAAGGAUCUUAGCUACUUCAAACACAUAUGAGAAAGGACUACUCAAAUUAAAAAAAGCAGAAUUUAUAUCGGACAUAAAUUCAGAAAGCGAUGACUCAGAAGAGUUAAAAAAAUCUCGAAAGAAUAGGGCCAAAAAAACAAUAUCAAGCAGCGAUGAUACUAAUGAUGAUGAAAGGAUUCAAUUACCAGCCUAUCCUAAAAUUCCACAUAUAAAAAAGGAUACACGUGAAACGAAAAUGAAUAUAUUUCAUAAUAAGUCGAAGCAACAAUUAACGAAAAGGAUAUAUACCCUUGAAAAAAAAGAAUUGGAAAAAAAAAAUAUUAAUUUAACAGAAACAAAUCAAGCAACGUACAAUUUGGCUGAUGAUUGUGGAGCAAUACUUGAUAAAGAUGAAGAAAUUAUAUAUGAUGAUGAAUCUCCUAAUAACCAUUAUAAAACUGAAAAUAAUAAUAGUUCAUCAAACUCUGAUUUUCAACGCUAUAUAAUAAGAAAAUUAACAGAUAUAGGAUUUAAAUUAUCUUCAAUAGAAGAACAAGAAAGACUUUUAAACAAUAGAAUUGAUAUUAUGUUACGUAAACUUGAGAAAUGUUUUUCAUGUGAAGAAAUUUUGGACAAACAAAUUGCAGAAGAAUCUUUAAUGGAUAAUUUUCCUAUUGACAAUAUUGAGGAUCUGGAAAAAUUCGAAAAAUCGUUAAAAGAUAAUAUUAUUAACCGCAAAGAAUUGAUUAAGCAGCUAUCAUCUAUUGGAGGAAAUAAUAUCAAAGGCAUCACUUUUAAUCUUUUACGAGUGUUAAUGUCAGAUAAGUUAGCUUCUACAUUUAGUUAUGUUGGAGGAAAAAAAAAACGGAUAUUUUAUGAUUUACAACUACGAAAAAUUAUAUUUAAUGUUGUACGACUUCGAUUUGCAGAAGCAACUGAAUAUUGUAUUUCCGAGCCAAUCAAAUCUUGGUUACGACAUGCGAAUGAGCGUUAUCUAAAGAAAAAUAAGAUGGAUGACACAAAUGUAUAAAUGCAUCACGUAGCAAUUUGUUACAAAUGUGGAAAAAUAUUAUAUACAGAGUGACACACGCAUAUAUUAUUAUGAAGAAAAUUAUUCAUUUAUUUUUCUCUUAGGGAAAAGAUUAUGUAUAUUAUUAUGAAGAAAAUUAUUCAUUUAUUUUUCUCUUAGGGAAAAUCUUUUCUAUUUUAUGAAUAUAAAGUACAAAUGUUAAAAGCGUUCACAUAUUUU